UCAUUUCACGGAGGGAAUCUCUCACUUUUUACUGCGUAAAUCAACAAAAAAUGGCUCCAAAGAGAUCAGGAAAAAAAAGAAAGGUGAUCGGAACAGUGUUGAAGUCGACAAAGAAAGUCAUUAAAGAGACUGUGAAAGUUGCUGUUCUUGAAGGUGACACUCAAGAAUCAGAACAACAAGAUGAUCAAAAUGCUGAAACUGAAGAGAUUAUUGAUCAUCAAACGAAUAUUAAAAUAAUCCCUGUUCAAGAAAGUACUCAAGAACAAGUCACUGAAGAAGAAGAAGAAAUUCCUAUUCAAGAGCGUGCCGAUCAAGAACAAAAUGAAACAUCAAGAAAACAAGAACAAAAUCAGCAAAAACAAGAAGAGAAUUCAAAAAAGGAAGAUCAGUCCAAGAAAGAUGUUCAAGAACAAGAAAAGCAAGCGCCCAAAGAUCGGAAAAAGAAGAAAACCGGAGAAGGGAAGAUUGGAAAGAAAAGAAAAAGAAGAGUAGGUGAAGGUUACAAAAGAUAUGUGUACAUGGUACUAAAGCAAGUUCAUCCUGAUCUCGGGAUAUCAUCAAUGGCAAUGAGUAUAAUUAACACAUUUAUGAACGAUGUAUUCGAGAGAAUUGCCGAUGAAGCAGCUAAGCUUUCCGAUUAUAUUAAACGAACGACAUUGUCGUCUAGGGAAAUUCAAGAUGCAGUGAAGCUGGUUUUGCCUGGAGAACUUGGAAGACAUGCCAUUGCUGAAGGGGCUAAAGCUAUUAGUAAUUAUGUGUCUUAUGAGGCUAAAUCUUGAUUUGUUGGGUAGUUGAUUUAGUAGC